AUGGUGACUUGCAUCGUGAAUAAGAUUUCUGAGUUUGGAGAAGAGUCGAAUGCUGAGAACAAUAUCGCUACGAUUUUGCUUAAUCAGCUGAGGUGGCUAGACUUUAUUGUCGAUGGGCCCGCCUUGUGUGAGAGCCUUCUGUCGAUUGUACCUAUCGUUUCCUAUUCCGUGCAGCGAGCACUCAUCGAGGCUCUUCCUGAAAUUCUCGAUGAUUCAUCCCGUGAGGUGGCCGUGACGGAAAUGAUAAGAAUAUUGGAAGAGAGUCCGUCAUUGAUGGGUUCUGUCGUUGACGCCAUAGGAGCUUUAGGUGUGAACGAUGCUCGGCUUCCGGAUGUCAACGCCUCCAUAUUGUCAACCCUUAACGCUGCCAAUCGCGACAUGCUUCCUGUUAGUCUGAAAUAUCUCUUGCGUACGUGCCCCCCGAGUCUCCUUUCCUCCACCGUUAGCGCCCUUCGUCACACUCUUGCGAUGCCUAGCUUGGGUCCAGGACCUGGACGUCUUUCUUUGGAUGCCGUCAAGUCUGGUUUGCGCAUGAAGAAGCAAAUCGCAGACCAAGUGCUAAAGGUCCUGCGCGGCAUCGACAAGCCCUCGGACCACAAACCGUCAGACUUUUGGCUCAUAAUUGCCCUCUUUGACUCACCGAUGCAUCGCAAGCCAGCAGAGAUUUUGUUUCGCAAGAAGGCCGCCAAGGCCGUGUUCUCCAAAGCCCUUAUCGAUGCUGCUUUGGCCCCGUUCGCAGACGCUUUCGGUGGUCUUACUCACAGGCUGUUGUACAUUGCAGGAAUUGCUCUGAAGUCUUCUGAGUUGGGAGCACGGAGCACAGGGAUUACUCUGUACGCCCUAGUUUUUCAACUCUUCCCGGAUGGCAAUGUCAGACGGAAUAUCGUCAUGGCUCUUCUGGACCACACAGGAACUCGAAAAGCCCAGGAGGUGGACGCCGCUCUCGAAGCGCUUGUUGUGAUAGCUCGUGAGAAUGAAACCAACCGCGCCCUUUUGCCUCACUCAGCUGUGAUUCAAGGUCUUCUUGACUUUCUGGAAUUUUUCUCGGAUUCCCAACUACGAUCAAUAUGGACGAUUCUUGGGUAUUUGUGCAGGGCGUCGUCGGCGAAAGUGAUACAUGAAAGUAGUUCUCGAGGUGGGGAGCGAAAAAAGAAAACGAAUUCUCAGCAGCAGAAGGAUGCAAUCAUGCAUGCUGAGGAAGAAAACUGCGCAGGAGAAUCUGAAUUGGCCAUGUUGGAGAUACUUCUUCGGAAGGAGCUCACACACGUUGAUACUUUCUACAGACGUAUUGGUGUGUUAGGGGCGUGCACGAUGAUAAAAGUCCUUGGAAAUUCCGUCGAGAACAACAUCCUGUCCAUGAUGCUAGACAUUGGAAGAUCACACCCGCUUAGUCAAGCUUUAGCAUUUGAUGAGCUGGCGAGGGUAUUCAGCGACGGUACACCUACAUCGAAAGAUACGGCUGAAUUCAUAAGAAAGACUGUCUCCAACGUUUUUGAAAAGAAAUAUAUUCGUGACAGGGAUACGUUGGAGAACCUCCCAACUGUCAAUGAGGUACUUCCUGCUGAGCUCUUUGGUAACCUAGAAGGUGAUGACGUCGAAUUUUGUUUCUCUAUUGCUGCGCUCGCUAGAACUGGUGAGACCCUCAAGGAUAGUCAAGAUGCUGUACGCGCCAUGGUUCCGAAUCUCCGCCUCUUAUGCGUUAUGACUGCCAGCAGAUAUGAAGGAUCUCUAUCCGAGAUCGAUGCCACUAUUGGAGCUCCGCUGCAUAUGGCAGUGGUUCCCUCCGAACAGUCCAUAGCGAACCUCCCUACACGGGCAAAAGGCGAUUUGUUGCUGAGUCUUUUCACAGCCCACGGAUGGGUUGUUGAACUUCUGAACGGCUUUUCAGAUCAGGAGAGCACAGAGAUGAAAGCGAAAUGUAUCAAGAGAGUGGAUGAUCUGCUAACCCUGAGCAAUCAAAUAUCACUCUGUGUCACUCACAUACCGCUUUGGAAGGAGGUAAUCUUUGAUUCAUACAGUGGAAGUCGAUGCGGCCCCGCACAACAACGGAAAGACGAGUUUAGACGGAAGGCCGGCAAAGGCUCUACAGGGAGUCGCGUCUUGCGAGAAUCCCGAGAGUUAGGUGCGAAAGGACAAGAAUGGCUCCCAUUUGCACGUCAAUUAGAUGCAACAGCAUUGUCUCUGAUCCGAGUGACAAGUCCAGUAUCUUGGCGUUUCACUGAGGUUGAAAGUGAGUGCGGGAAGGAGGGCAAUCCAGUGACGGAAAGCGUCAGACUCUCAUCAAGAGGACUGCUUCACUUACUCUCUGAGCUUGCUGUGCACAUUGAAAAAAUUGUGGGAGGGGAGUUUCGCGACCCCAAUGCCAUUGGCGUAGUUUUGUUUCGGUCAUCAAAUUCAGCUGCAAAGAAUGUGGAGAUGGGAGGGUCGUCUGCGGAAGCUUCCACGAGCUUUCGUCUAAAGAACUUCACGGCAUUGCAGACCCCGUUGACCGCUCUGCCCUCUCAGAUCCGGCGAUGUUUAGAUAAGAUACUUCCAAAUGGGAAUGACUCUGCAGAAAGUGAUUCAACGAUUGAGGUCAAUAGGAAAAGUAUUGAGCUUUGUUUGAGAUGCCUGGCGGAGGCUCUGAACUCAAAAGCUGUUGCAGACCCUGCGGCCGCAGAAUUUCUCUUUACAGUUCUGGGUUCGAUCAGACUUGAUGGCAGUCCCCCUGUGGAGCCAUCAGAUCCCCUUACUUCAGAGGACAUUCAUAUUGCUGCGAGAGAAGCCUUCGGGCAGCUGCGUGUAAUGCUUCGAGAAAUAAUGGCAGUUGACGAAAAUCAAGAAGAUGAUGACGAGCAACGGGGGUGUGCGGAUGCCAUCGGAUUCGUGGCUUGUUGUUCGAUUUUAGGGGUAUUGGAUUCUGUUUAUGGACAUUGUUCCGAAAUGGAUCAAAAGAGAUUAGGACCUCAGUUCAGUGAGAGUGCAAUCUCCGUAAUCAGCCACAGAUGGGAUAUUGCUUCGUUGCGAUCGCGGAGGACGCAGAAACUUAUCCCUGGUAUAGUCAAAAUAUACGUGCAAACAUCUACCGAUCCGUUUAGGACCGCUGAAGAUCUUCGUUUGAAGGUGGUGUCAAUGACGGAGAGACAAGCCACGCUCCAGAACAAGCCCUUGGAGACGCAGAAUGCAGAUGGAUCUUCUCAGCGUGGUGCAAGCGUCUUAGGGACCCUCACGGAGCAAACCGUAAAUGCAUUCACAAUAGCAAUUUUGGAGCAAUAUAUUUGGCUGUUCAAGUCUUUCCGGCCACGUUCUUUUGAGGACCCUGAAGACGCCUUUCAGAAAAUGGCAGAGUUUAUGAGAACUGAGCUUCCAUUAUAUACCCUUGCUCGUCAAAACCAAAGGAUGCUUGGACCAGUAAUGCGGGCCGGGCGCACGUUCGUGGAACUCUUUCUUAAGUCUUGCCUACCGUUUCUAAAAGAAAACUUUAAGGAACAUCGCAGUGCUGUUGUACAGAUAUGCAAAGCGCACCAGAAGCCGACGAGAGUUCUCCAAACUUUUUGUGCUCACAGCAAAUUCACUCGUGACUCCUCGCUGACAGGCUUGGUCCCGCCAUUGCGGAAAUCUUUAGAACUGCUGCUGUACCGUGUUAAGGACCUUAUGCAGUCACACAAUGCCACCGAUGCCUUCCAACUAGGAAAUCUGAAACAUCGAGAUAUCAAUGGGGAUGUCCUCAACUCGCAGCACCUACAAUACAAGAGUGAAUCCGAGAAUGAAAGUGAAUACAGCAGCGACGAAAGCGACGGUGAUAAUAUGGAUCAACCAAUUGCACAUCUGCCAAGGCUCGGUAAUGAUUCUGAACGAAAACAGAAGAAACCGCUAGGAAAAUCUACGGGUCGACUAAGCAGAAGGAAUAACUCCAAAAUCCGGAAGGGACAGGCUGAAGCGAAGGGACAAAAAAGAAGAAGCGCUGAGAUUGGCACACAGCAUCUCAGAGGCGAAAAUGAAAUUUCCGCCACAAGAGCCGAGGCGGCCAUUGGUACUGAGCAUGUGGCUCUCAACGACGAUGAGGUGGCUGAAGAUCAAGUCUCUCGGACACAGCCAAAGCGAAGGAAGAAACGACGAAUCACCUAUGAAAGUGAUGACGAGCGACCUCGUAACCCGCUGAUUGAUGAUGAAGCUGGUUAUGGAUCUGGCGACGAGGACGACAAUGACAUUGGAGAUCUCUCCCAAUUUAUUGUGUUUGGAGACGAAGAAGAGGAAGAAUAA